UUCAAUUCAACGAAAAACAGUUUCAAUGAAAAAUACAUAAAAAAUAUUGAUCUUGGUGUUGGACAGUAAUUAAAAAGUAAUUUGAGAUUUAACCAAAUAUCGGAUAAUUGAUACAGUUUUCCCUUGCAACAGAUUGUAUAUUGUUCGAAGUUGAAAUGAAAACAACCCGCGUAGUCAUUUUUUUCAUUGCCAUCCUUGUGAUUGGUAAAUGUCAAGAUGAUUUCAGUUAUCUUGACGAAGACCGAAAUGAUAACGUUCAUGACAUAUCAGAACGAGAGGAAGAAUUUAUUAAUGAGGAUGACCUAAAUGACAAAGAUGAAAGAUCGGAAGACGAAUUUGUCGACGAGGAAAGUGAUGAAAACCUUGGUGAAAUGGAAAGAGAGGAAAGAUCUGAUGACGAAUCUUUAGAGGAGGGAAAUGAUGAAAAUAUCGAUGACAUAUCAGAAACCGAAAAGAGAGAUGACGAAGAGGAGAAAUUGGCAGAUGAGGAUGACAUCGUCAGACGAGAGACUCUUGAAGAGUUGAGAGUACAAAUGAAGGCGGCCAGAGAGGCGUACAGAGAAAAGGUUAAGGCCUGUGGCGUGAAGCAUAACUUUGUGCCAAUGGAAGAAUGCAAAGAAUGCAGAGCAGAUUGUAGAGAAACAAGAACAUGCAGAUCAUGCCGACAAAUUUGCAGGGAUGAUAGGAAAGAACUGAAGUCUAAAGAUUGUGACCUUACGUUUGACAAGACACCACGUAGAAAAUAUUACGCACAAAGAAGAAAAGAAUGGUUCAAAAAAUCGAACAAGCAAGGCAGAUACCGGAAUUUUUGGAGGAAUAUGAGAAACAAGAUACUGCGAUUGAAGAGUGGAAGAAAAGACUAAAAAUAUUUUAUUAAAAGCCAAAGCUGAAAUAAAAUUCAGUACGAUAGCAAAACUAAA